CCACUCCCUCCCCAGAACAGCUUUCUCAACCUCUCACCACCGCCUCUCCUUUAGCACAAUGUUCGCCCGACUCUCCACCGCUCUCCUUGCCCUCACUCUCGUUACCUCCGCCAUCGCCGGUAGCCACCACAAGAGCCGUGUCGAGGCCGAGCAGUGCAACGGCGGCGAGAUUCAAUGCUGCUACGGCGUUCAGGACUCCAAGUCCCUCGACAACGAGGUCACCAAGCUCCUCGGUCACCUCAAGAUUGACGCUAAGCAGGUCACUGGUCAAGUCGGUGUCGGAUGCACUGCUCUCAAUGCCCUCGGUGCUGGAGGUGGUUCUUCUUGCACUGAGCAGAAGGUUUGCUGCACCAACAACAGCUUCAAUGGUGUCGUUGCUCUCGGAUGCAGCCCCGCCAACGUCUCAGCCUAAGCGGCGUUUUCACUGGAGUUUACCCCGAAUCAUUUUAAUACACGAUUGGCGCUUACGUGC